AUGAACCUUAAUGUCCAUAUCAAACAUCAGGCCAAUCCAACAGCACCACCUCCUAUCGAUGCCAAGAUCAAUAAGCUCUCCAAUGAGAUAAACACCUACCCGGAAUAUGAAUUUGCUUACGGAGUUAAGGAUCCAAUAACUGGAGAUCACAAAGAUCAGUGGGAAAAGCGUUCCGGGGAUCAUGUGCAGGGCAUCUACAUGUUCGAGGAAGCCGACGGGACGCAAAGGAUCGUGGAGUACGAAGCAGAUGAUAAGAAUGGGUUCAGAGCAAAAGUGAUCAAUAUUGGGCGACCGGAUUCCGAGGCUGCUGCGAAAAUUAAGGCUCAUUACGGACGAAUAGCUACUAGUUACAGUAUGUUGAAAAAGAAAUUGUGA